AUGCUAUUGCACUACCUUGAACCUCUUAUCGUUCUCUUGAUAGCGUCUAUUACUCUUACUGAGGGUAGAUGCGUCGAGGUUCCAGUUCAAGAGAUAUACGAUAUUUCAGACACGGCUCAUACCAACGUCAUUGUGUCGAAUGAUGGGUUUAGAGCAUACAAAGACGGCCAGUGCUUCGAAGCAAAAUAUGCCGAUAUGCCCACUGCGCAGCAACUCAUCUACGACGAUAUUUUUCUUCGUACACGUGACGAUCGGGAUUUGCAGGAGCGAGAUUCUCAAGAGUCGAAUUCUCAGGACUAG